GACGAAACGGAUCGUCAGCAGAUGGCUGCUGCAGCAGCGGCAGCAUCAGCGUUGCUUCCUUCAAGGGGUCGUCGAAACGGAACGCAAAUCUUCCCAGGUCGUCGUCGUGGGCAUUCAAACCAGCCUAACAAUCAAUUCAGCGGAAUGUAUCAAGUCAGCAACGAGCAGAUUCAACGACGGAAUGAACGCAAAGAUGAUGACGGGAACUUGGAUACUCUCAGGGUGGAUAUGGACGUGUUCGAAAUGCUUCCACAUGUUUCACAUGAAUCGAGCCAACACAUACGGUUGCAUAACUCAGUGGGCUGCGAAAAGUUUCGAUCCGGAUUUGGGAUGGCGUUGUCCGUCGUGUCAGAAUUUAUCAUUUGA